AUGGGAGAUUUUAACGCAGCCAUGGAUUGUCAGGUCUCACAAUAUACUUGUCUAGGAAAGUUCGGUUAUGAAAUUAGGAAUCCAAGAGAGGAAAGGCUAAUUGGAUUCUGUGAACAAUAUGAACUAAAUAUCUCCAAUACAAUAUAUAAAAUUCUAAAUCAAAGAAGAUAUACUUGGAAAGCACCAGGUGAUAUAAGAAGACUACAAAUCGAUUACAUCCUAGUCAAAAAGAAAUUUCGCAAUCAAAUAAAAUCUAGUCAUUCUUACCCCGGUUUUAAGAUAGAUAGUGACCAUUCACUGGUUAUGUCAAAGUGCAAUAUUAAAUUUAAGAAAAUAAUUACUACUAGAAAAAUGAAUUGAUGUUUAGAGAAUUUCAAAGGUGCCGAAACAUCAGAAAAAUUUAGAAGAAAAUUGGAAAAAAAAAAGAGGAAGCCAUAAAACAUGGGAAGAAAUCAAAUACAACAUCAAUUCAGAACGUUUAAAGAUAAUGGAAUUGAUUGUAAAAAUAGAAGACUUAUUUUAA